AUGACCGAGAAACAAGGCAUGAGUGCCACGUUUAAUGCUUGCGAGAAAUUAACUACUAUAACCACUUGCAACGAUCUUGGUGAGCUAACCUAUAUAGGAUUUGGUUUUGCAACGUUUGAUAAUUUGCACAAAGUGGUGGCUAUGAAUGAGAUUUCAGGGUGGGCGUGCAAAAUAUAUGUUAUGGAACUAUGUCAGUGGAGAUCCAUAGAUAGGUUUCCUGGAAUUCCAGUGGGGAUGAUUGAUGACCCCUAUGGAAAGUUUAUGAAAAAGAGUGUAUAUUUUAAAGGAUUUUUAAUUUGGCUUGUGACAGAUGAAGACAAAAUCCAGUUAUGGAUUGUGUCGCUGGGCUUGUCAAGAGAAACCUUUAAACAAAAGACCUUACCUGAAGACGUGAACAUUACAAAUGCAAAUAUUCCCAGAAUGCGGCUUGGUGUUUUGGCUGACAAACUGUCAUUUUCAUACUAUAGUAAUAGAGAGUUAGUUGUAUGGAGGUUGGAAAAUUAUACCACAUUCGAAAAUUGGUCCAUGCUUACUAUUGUUAACCUAGAUUCCUUACCUUCAAUCCCUGAUAUAAAUCCUAAUCAGUUUAUUGCAUUUAACUACAUUGAAGAGAUGGAUAUUCUGAUACUGCAAAACUACGGACGGCUUUAUAAAUGA